AUUCCCACUUCCGCUACCUAGCAUGUUGGCAGGCAGCAGAAGUACUUUAGUUUCGUGCAGCUAGCUGCUGCAGCAGUUACAUGAGUGGAGGAGACGUGGACUAAAACACGAAAGCCGUGGAAAUGAGAGGUGUGUCGCCCCGCCGGAAGUAGCAGGGAUGGAAGGAGAAACUGGCAAGGCGACCGUGUCCUGGGAGAACGGUCUGCUGGCUCCUGUGGACCGGCUGCGCUCGGAUAGGGCGGACAGCCCCACACCGGGUCUGGUGGAGGGGACGGAACCAGGCGCUGGUCAGCAGAGUGCCAUUUUCUAUCAUGCACAAUCUUAUGAAGACCUGACCGCCGAGGCUGAGGAAGACGCUCAGAGGGCGCCAGGGUCAGAUGAUUCAGCAGAACCUGAUGAAGAGGAGUUCAAUGAGCUGGUGGGGGAGAAAAGCACCAAGGAGCGGCUCAACAAAGACUCUUCGUCCGAGAGCAGGACCAAAGAGGAGGACGUGUCCAGUGAGGCGUGGAGGAACCACAAAAAACACGUGUUUGUGCUGAGCGAGGCCGGAAAGCCGAUCUACACCCGUUACGGCACGGAGGAGGCCCUGUCCAGCACCAUGGGGGUGAUGAUGGCGCUGGUGUCUUUUGUAGAGGCGGAGAAGAACAUCAUCCGCUCUAUCCACGCAGACGGCUGUAAGGUGGUUUUCCUCACCAAGAGUCCUCUGGUCCUGGUGGGCGUGACCAAGAGUGGUCAGUCGGAGAAGGAGCUGCUCCGGGAGCUUCAGUACAUCUACUACCAGAUCGUCAGCCUGCUCACCCUGACCCAGCUCAACCACAUCUUCCAGCACAAGCAGAACUACGACCUGCGCCGCCUGCUGGCCGGCUCCGAGUACCUCACCGACAACCUGCUGCACCGGCUGGAGCGCGACCCGGGCCUGCUGCUCAGCGCCGUCACCUGCCUGCCCCUGGCCAGCUCCGCCAGGGACGUGGUGUCGUCCAGCCUGCAGGCGGCCAAGGCCAAGAACCUGGUGUUCUCCAUCCUGCUGGCCGGCGACCGCCUGGUCACGCUGGUCCGCAAGAAGGACCAGUUCCUGCACCACAUAGACUUGCACCUGGUCUUCAACCUCGUCGGCUCAUCUUCGUCGUUCCGGGAGGGCGAGGGCUGGACGCCCAUCUGCCUGCCCAAGUUCAACACGGCGGGCUUCUUCCACGCCCACAUCUCCUACCUGGAGCCCGGCUCCGAGCUCUGCCUCAUCCUGGUCUCCACUGACAGGGAGGACUUCUUCAACAUGUUGGACUGCAAGCAACGCUUCAUGGAGAGGCUGAGUAAGCGCAGCGCCUACCAGGCCAUGAAGGAGGCGCUCAAGUGCCAGAGCUACACUGUGGUGCAGGUCGGAAUCCCAGAGCUAAGGCACUUCCUGUACAAGUCGAAGAGCUCAGGCUUGUACACCAGUCCAGAGAUACCUGAGGUGUACCAGUCUGAUGAGGAGCAGGAGAGGCUGAUGGGACUCUACCAGGACCUUCACAGCUGUUUGCACCACCCGACCAGACCGCUGCGCUCCUUCUACCGCUGCGGCGAAGCUGAGAACCUGCUGGCCAUGGUGACGAGCGGCUUCGAGCUCUACCUCUGCUUCAGUCCGCUGGCGACUAAGGCUCUGGCGUAUUCUGCCGUGAACAAGCUUCUAAAGUGGAUCCGGAGGGAGGAGGAUCGUCUCUUCAUCCUGAGCCCGCUCACAUACUGAGCCGAGCUGUCGCCACCUACUGGCCUGGUGCCAGCAGCCUCACCGGACAAUAAAACUACAGUCAUCUCACCGUAGACAAGUUGAUUGUCAGAGCUAUGCAUUUCAAGAUUCUGGGAUUCCCCCAAUUUAAUUCCUUUAUUUGUUCUUUUACAGGCUUUGCUGUAGAAGUUGACAGAAAGCAGUGUUUUACCGGGAAGAUUUUAAAUAGUUUUAUUUUGAAUUAGGAGGGGCCGCUGCAGCUUUUUGCCUGGCUUGAGAUAGAAAUUGUUCAUUGUGAAAGUUCUUAAUAAUAAAGACUCAUUUCACGUGCUUCUAAAAGCACAACCGUUUUUUUUUUGUUUUUUUUUUAAGCUGUAAUUUAAUUUCUUAGGAAUUUAAAGUAAA